ACUGUUUGAAAAGUAGGUUAACACUAGACUAAUAACAGUGCACUAUAUAACUUACAUGUUACAGUUAGAUUUAGAUUCUCUAGAUCUAGAGUUACAUUAUUGUCUUGAGUAGAUCUAGAAUCUAGAUAGAUUUAGAUCUACAGAAGUACAGACAACACGGUAUUUAAUCUACAGUAGUUUGUAGAAAGAAAAGGAAAAUGUUGCAUAAAUCCUCCAAGACUUUGCUGUCUUUGCUUCAGUAUUCCAAAGGCUUGAAUGUUAGGCAUUUUAGAUGCACAGCCCCAGCAUCACAAGCAGCAAAUGACAUUCCAGAGAUGCCAGCAUGUAGCUUCAAGCCUAGUAAACAUGAGGGACCUGACUUGAACAGUGUUUUGUCAACAAGAAAGAACAAUUUAAAUCCUGCCCUCUUUACAUUUUACAAAGAACCUGUCUAUGUUCAUCAGGGUUACAUGCAAUAUUUAUGGGACACUAACAAUAAACGCUACUUGGACCUGUUUGCUGGGAUAGUCACAGUUAGUGUUGGACAUUGUCACCCGGCUGUUGUGGCAGCUGCAGAGAAACAAAUGAAAAAACUUUGGCACACAACAAAUAUCUAUUUACAUCCCAAGAUUCAUGAAUAUGCAGCACAGUUGGUAGCAAAGUUUCCUGGUAAUUUAAAGGUUGUUUACUUUACCAACUCAGGAUCUGAAGCUAAUGACUUGGCAGUGUUAAUGGCCAGAAUGUACACUGGAGUAUAUGACUGUAUUUCUCUCAGAAAUGGUUACCAUGGUGCAAGCCCGUACUUGAUGGGUGUGACUGCACUGUCAACAUGGAGGUACAACAAUCCUACAGGAUUUGGCUUCCAGCAAGCAAUGAAUCCUGAUCCUUACAGAGGACCCUGGGGUGGUAAACACUGCAGAGAUUCACCUGCCCAGCCUGGGCGUCAGUGUGAUUGUCCCCAAGGUCAGUGUAAAGCCUGUGACAUGUAUGUGGAUCAACUAGAAGAUGUCUUAAGAUAUUCUAUGCCCAAAGGCCGAGUUGGUGCCUUUAUAGCUGAAGCGAUACAGGGUGUUGGUGGUGCUGUGCAAUUGCCAGAUGGAUAUUUAAAGAAAGCAUAUGAAAAGAUUAGGGCUAAUGGAGGAGUGUGCAUAGCCGAUGAGGUGCAGACUGGAUUUGGUAGAAUGGGCUCACAUUAUUGGGGAUUUGAAAGUCAGGGUGUUAUGCCUGAUAUAGUAACAAUGGCUAAAGGGAUUGGCAAUGGAUUUCCAAUGGGAGCUGUGGUGACCACUCCAGAGAUAGCUGCUACUAUGGGCAAGGCUCUUCAUUUCAACACUUUUGGUGGUAACCCUGUGGCCUCAGCUGUUGGUCAAGCUGUUCUUGAAGUGAUAGACAAAGAAAACAUUCAAGGUUUGUGUGCUGAUGUUGGCACUUACUUCAUUAAAGAAUUAGAAAAACUAAGAAAUGAGUUUGAAGUUGUGGGUGAUGUUAGAGGAAAGGGCCUGAUGAUUGGUGUGGAACUUGUCAAAGACAAGGCUUCAAGAACUCCAUUGCCUGCGGAGGAAGUAGCCUCAAUCUGGGAAGAUACCAAAAAUAUGGGAGUAUUGAUUGGCAAAGGAGGUCUCUUUGGAAAUUGUUUUCGAAUCAAACCACCCAUGUGUAUCACUCGAGCAGAUGUGGAUUUUAGUAUAGCUGUCAUGAGGGCUGCAUUGAGGAAACAUGCUAACAAAAAAUAAACUUGCCUUAGUUACAAUUAUGGAUGAUUAAAUACCUUUGAUUUUUGUUUUAUUUCUAAUGAGUGUACAAAAUUUAUUCCCAACUCUUUUAUGCCUACUCAACAAACCAGUACAGUAAACUAUUUAGUGAAUAUAAAGUACAGGCUUAGGUUUAAGAGAUACAAAAUUUCUGUUCAAUUGAAACAAAGGUAUAAUAUGUAAUCAAAAUCUCUGAAGAGUAUUGGUAUUUUCUUUGAAAUGUGUUUUUUUUUUUACUGAUCUAAUACUUACCCUUUUUACAUCAUGUGUCUAGUCAGUCAUGCUUGUAAUGCAUAAUAUAAAAGAAGAACCUGUAAAAGUAAUAAUCACAAAAUGUUGUGAAGUUUGUUAUUGUUGGUUUUUUUUUCAUUUCUUUUAUAAUUGUUAUAAUGUAUAUAAUAUAUACUUGAUCUGAAUUACAUAUACUUAUACAUAUAUACCUAUGUUAUUAUAUUUUCUGAGAAAAGCUCACCAAAAAAAAUAAAAAAGAUAUUAUUUACUCUCAUCUAUUCCAGGUGUAAUGUAUAAACACUCAGCUGCAUUUACCUUACAUGAAGUAAAUGGCCAAUAAUAUUGUGUAAUAUAUAUUGUGCUAUUUGUGCUUCAUUUUGUCAUAGGGCUUACAGGGUUUUCUUCAGCAUGCUUUUUAUAAUCAUAGACCAGUCCUUUAAUACUUAUGCGCUCUGUAUUUGUUGAUUGUCUGAAGUUUGUUUUUCUGCAUUCUAACUUUGAUAUUUUACUAAUGUAAAGAGAAUUUGAUCCCUGAGGAAUGUAAGGGGGAAUCUCCCGCUUUUGUAAAUGAAAUUUAUUAUGCUUAAUCUCUGUCAAAACCUUUUUUACCUUUUGGCAGAGGUAACAAUAACUUUGGUAUUGAUUUUUAAAAGUAGAACUAAGCCAAAGAAAAAAUAAUGUAUAUAUUCUACCCAUGUUUUGUGUCUGUUUUACUGAAGUUUUAAAAAGUUUUAUGCCUUAAAAAAUAGCCAUUCUAUUCUACAAUCUUUUUAUGAUUUUGUUUUUCAUUGGUUUUCAUAAUUACAUACAUAUGUUGUUACCCCUUUUUAUAAUCAUUUCCCCACAUGAAAGUAACAUGAACAUGAUGUUUAAUUUAAAGAUUGUGAUAUAUUUCUGUUAUUGUGUAAUGUUCUUGUCUUUCUAUUUUUGUAUUGCUGCUAUAAUGUGGUGUUCUUGUAUUUCUGUUAUAGUAUGAUGUUCUUAUAUUUUUGUUAUAGUGUGAUGUUCUUGUAUUUCUGUUACGGUUUGAUGUUUUUAUGUUUUAGUGAAAACAUAUAAUGACUAGCACUAGUCCCUCACUGCCACAUUGUUAUUGUUAAAACCCAUCUGUAUUGGCCUUCUCAACUAUACAAGACAUUUGGCUGAUGAAGUACAUUAUCAUACAAAAGAAGACACACAAAAAUCUCAUGAAAUGAAUUGAAGCUAAUUCUUUGUCUAUAUGAUCAUAAAGUAAAGAGUAAAGUUCCACUUCCAGACCUUGUGAUCUCUGGGGCAGAUCAUGUAAAGGUCAUCAGCUUCUGGGUGCACAAGCCAUAAAGUAUUGCCAUAUUUGUCCACAGCUGAUAUAAUCAUGUUGUUGCUAGUUAAUCUCAUUUAUUAUAAUAAAGUAUUAAUUGCAUGAAAUAA